AAUUUGUCAAGCUCGAUCAAACGGCUCAUACUUAUUCAAUUCAAACUUGAAUCCGAUCAAAACCCUACACAGCCUCUGUCAGAUAGUCUCUCUCUCUCUCUCCCUCUCUCUCUCUCCCUCUCUACUGUCUCGCUCUCUGUCUCUGCAAUUCUUGCUACUAGCCUUCUGAUUUUCGAGGCGAUGGAUGAUCCAACAGUGGAAUUGAUACUUGGAAACUGCAAUCACACAAUUCCUAUUUGCGACUCAAAGCCCAAUUUAUCCUCUUUCUCAGAAAUAGAUGAAGAAACUGCAAAUUCUAUGAGUGAGGAUAGUGCAUCCAGCAGAAACCAAGAAACUUCACUUAAGGGGCCCACAUUGCCAAUAUUGCAGAAAAUAAUCAAUUUGAGCUAUCAAAUUCAGAAUUUGAAGAAAGAACAUGCAAUUCUCUCCAAUCAAGUGAAGACAGUAAGUACAGAUUCGUUUCCUGGCCCUGAAGUUUUAGACACUCUUCAACUUCUCAGUAAUGAAUAUGAACUUUUAAAGAAGAAGUACCAAGAAGAGUCAUCUGAACGCAGACGGCUUUACAAUGAAGUGAUUGAGCUUAAGGGCAAUAUUAGGGUCUUCUGCAGAUGUAGACCGCUAAACCAAGUUGAAAUUGCCAGUGAUUGUAAUUGUGUAGUUGAAUUUGAUUCGUCCUUAGAUAAUGAGCUGCAUAUUAUUUCCUCUGAUUCUUCAAAAAAACAAUUCAAGUUUGACCAUGUGUUUAGGCCUGAGGAUAACCAAGAGGCUGUUUUCGCUCAAACCAAGCCCAUAGUGACUUCUGUGCUUGAUGGCUAUAAUGUAUGCAUAUUUGCCUAUGGCCAAACUGGAACAGGGAAGACAUUCACAAUGGAGGGGACCCCUGAAAAGAGGGGAGUAAACUAUAGAACUCUGGAGGAGUUGUUUCGGAUUUCUCAAGAGAGAAGUGGAGUUAUGAGAUAUGAGCUAUUUGUUAGCAUGUUAGAGGUUUACAAUGAGAAAAUAAGAGACCUCUUAGUGGAAAACUCCAACCAGCCCCCUAAAAAGUUGGAGAUAAAGCAAGCAGCAGAAGGGACACAAGAAGUUCCAGGACUUAUUGAAGCUCGAGUCUAUGGCACAGAGGAAGUAUGGGAGCUACUCAAGUCUGGAAGCCGAGCGAGAUCAGUUGGUUCUACCAGUGCUAAUGAGCUCAGCAGCCGUUCUCACUGUUUGUUGCGAGUAACUGUAAAAGGGCAGAGUUUAAUAGAUGGGCAGAAGACGAGGAGUCAUCUUUGGCUGGUAGAUUUGGCUGGCAGUGAGCGUGUGGCGAAGAUAGAAGUUGAAGGAGAAAGGUUGAAGGAAUCUCAAUUUAUAAAUAAAUCUCUCUCAGCGCUUGGUGAUGUUAUCUCUGCACUUGCAUCAAAAACAGGCCACAUUCCUUACAGGAACUCAAAGCUCACUCAUAUGCUACAGAGCUCUCUAGGAGGAGAUUGCAAGACAUUGAUGUUUGUCCAGAUAAGCCCAAGUGCUGCUGACCUUGGGGAGACUCUGUGCUCGUUGAAUUUUGCCAGUCGAGUUCGGGGAAUUGAAACUGGCCCUGCUCGCAAGCAGGCAGAUUUCACUGAGCUGUUCAAGUACAAGCAAAUGGCAGAAAAGCUACAGCAUGAUGAGAAGGAAACAAAGAAAUUGCAGGAGAAUUUGCAGUCCAUGCAGUUAAGGCUUGCUGCUAGGGAACAUAAGUGCAGAAGCCUUCAAGAAAAGGUCCGAGAACUUGAGAAUCUGCUGGGAGAGGAAAGGAAGACCAGACUAAAGCAGGAAACGAAAGCCUUUGCAGCCUCUUCGCAGUCUUCAUUGCCCUCUCUAAAACGAGCAGCAGAGAAGACCAAGGUAGAUAGGAAACCACCUUUGGGUCCUUCAAAACUGAGGCUGCCACUGCGAAGAAUCACCAAUUUCAUACCUCCAACAAGUCCUGCCCAUACCAAGAAAACCAAAGAUACUGCUUCCGUGGUCCCAUCUUCAGUGCAGGAUAAAGAAAAUAUUGCAAGAACUGCAAUGGCAGGAAGGGACACAAAAAGCCUUUUGCAACCAAGACGUAUUUCUAUUGCUGUUAGACCCUCUACUACAAUGACAACAUCAGCACAGGUUCGUCAGCCUAAGAGACGGGUAUCUAUUGCUACAUUCCAGCCUGAUCCGAACUCAAACUUGAGAACACCACUCCACACUUCUGCCUCGCGAUUAAAGAGCAGUGGUGCUGUUGGCCGACAGUCUUUCAUGAAGGACCCAAGAAAGGCCAGAUAUUCAAGAUUGUUCUCUCCAUUGCCAGAACUCCAAUCAGCAUCAGAGACAACACCAACUGCCAUGAGGAUCAGUAGUAAAUUCAUGGGGAGUCCUCCAACUCAGGCAGGCUCUUGGAAGCCAAGGCAUCCAACGGUAGUUGCAUUGCAACGAAAAGCAUUGGUGUGGAGUCCCCUCAAGUUGAGAGGAAUGAAAAAUUACAGGAAGUCAUUGUUACCUUCUCAACCCUUGGCUGAGAUCAUACAAUGAACCUUGUUUUGAAAUCAUUUUCCUGGGGCAUUACUGCACAAAUGUCCCUUUUAGGAUUAAAGAUUUUAUAUUUUUUUCAUAGGGUAUUAUUGCACAAACGUAUGCAUUUUUGCUUACUAAUCCUGUCAAUUCUCAGUGCAUUGUUCUCCAUUUCUGUAUCAAAUCCCAGACUGGUUUUUUAUUUUUUAGCCUCAUUCCUGCAUAAAAAAUAUAAAGAGUUGUUUUAAGCACCCAA